ACCAAGCAGGAGCAGGACCUCAGCUUUUUCACCUUUUAUUACAAAUGGAGAAACAUGAAGAUAUUAAAUACUGUUUUCAAGACGGAAACUCCUCUUGCAGAAAGGCUUUGUUAUCGACAUCUAUCUACAUAACACUGUACAUCUUCUUCUCAUUGAUUUCAGCAGUUACAGUAUUUUUGAACGUACUGGUGAUCAUUUCCAUCUCUCACUUCAAGCAGCUCCACACUCCAACCAACCUGCUCAUCUUCUCUCUGGCUGUGUCAGAUCUCCUGGUGGGACUGAUUGUGAUACCAGUAGUGACUGUAGCGAUAAUGGAAUCAUGCUGGGGUUUUGGGGAAUAUUUCUGUGCGUUUCAAUUCUACAUCUCUUUUUUAUGUACUUCUUUAUCUCUGGGUAACUUGGUCCUUAUAUCUGUUGACCGCUAUGUUGCUGUGUGUGAUCCCUUAUUGUACCACUCUAGAAUAACAAUAAGAAGAAUGAUGUGUUUUAUUUCCAUUACCUGGUGGUGUUGUAUUAUAUAUGAUGCUGUCAUUAUAAAAAACUUUGUAAAUGCGCAGGUACCCAGUAGGUGUUUGAAAGAAUGUUUUAUUGUUGAAGGAAAAACCUGGAUUAAUAACAUAAUUGACAUUGUAUUUACAAUGGUUGUCCCGUGCUCUAUUAUUAUAACACUUUAUGUGAAAAUCUUUGUGGUGGCCAGAUCACAGGCCAGAAAGGUGUUUUCAAAAGAGGCUGUCAGUGUGUCUGGUGUUAAAACUGUACAGGCAAAUAAGUCUGAGAGGAAAGCAGCAAAAACUGUUUCUAUUUUUGUUUUCAACUAUCUCAUUUGUUGGAUUCCAUCUCUAUUUCCUUUCCUUUUUGUAUCUUUUUUAGGUGAAAAUGUUUUCACCUUUAUCAUCAGCUUUCUGCCACUUGUUAAUUCCUUAAUUAAUCCAAUAAUUUAUGCUUUCUUUUAUCCAUGGUUCAAAGUGACAGCUAAACUUAUUUUAACUCUGAAGUUAAGGCGUUCAUAG